AAAACAAUGAAAGAAAAGUACACAAAUAGUAGUUUAUGCAAUAAGUUGCAAAAAGAGGAAAAAAAUGAAAAAAUCAAGUUUUGCAAUGAAAUCCAUACAACAUUUUUUGCAAUUCCGAAAAACACCCAUCGAGUGAAAUUUUAAGUCAAAUUUUCAUGUAUUUUGUCAAUAAAUCGUUUAAAUCAAAAAAAAGUUGAAAUAAGUUACUUUUCGAAACAAGUGCUGAAAAGUUCAACUUUUCAGCACCCAUUUCAGUGCUGAAAAGUAGAACUUUUCAGCAUUUAUUUUGAAAAGAGUUGCUAUUCGAUUCUGUUAUUUUUGGUACAGAAAAGUAGGCUAUUUCGUCGUUCAAGAAUGACAGGAAAAGUAAGUAGUUUCACGACGGAAUUGCAAAAAACAAAUUUCAAUCCGCCGCUCAGUCAAGUGCAGUUAAUCAGACCACCUGAAAAAUACCGCGAUGAUGUUUUGUGCACACGAACGGCAAACAGAUUGGCGGCUUCAUUCAAAAAUUAAUAAACAACACUACGAAUCAAAACGAUGCAGCCACUGAAAUUGAAGUUGACCUGCUUGCUAGCCAUACGCUACGGCUAACUCGUUCUCUUCGAUCAUCUGAGCACUCGCAUUUCACUUGCAACUGAGUCAAAAAGAAACUCGUCGGCGUCGUCACCGAAACCAUCACUGGGGCCAUCACCGGAGCCAACGCCGUAGUCAUCGCAGGCAGCUACCUCGCAGCAACGCGGCAAUUGCAAGUCAACGGAGACAUCGCCGAACAGCUACGUCGGCGUCGGCGUCGUCACCGAGUUAUCGCAGGCAGCUACCUCGCAGCAACGCGGCAAUUGCAAGUCAACUGAGACAUUGCCCGUGUGCUGUGUAUGUCCCCCUCACAGCUACCUCGCAGGCAGCUACUUCGGCAUCGUCACCGAGUUAUCGCAGGCAGCUACCUCGCAGCAACGCGGCAAUUGCAAGUGGACUGCGUUAUGAACAUGGGAUUGGAACAAAUUUUCGUAUGUUGAUCGACACAUUUUUGCAAGAGAUACUUGUUGAGUUUAGAAUAAUACGUCGGCGUCGUCACCGAGACCAUCACUGGAAACAUCGUUUUCUUUUCACAUUUGAAACAUACAAAUUAGUAAAUACCCUGACUGACAAACCCAAACAACAUAAUUAACAAAAGCAGUCCAAACAGUUGCAGUCUAAAUUUGCCCUCCUGUUUCUUUGUACAAGUUAUGAAAAGAAUUCAAAUCGUACAAGUCGUAUUCUUUACCCGAUUCAAUAAAACAUUGAAGGGGCAGUUUGCGCUUAGACAACAUGCGGAUUCUGUUUUCAACCAGAUUUCCCAGUUCGUCCUCAUCCACCGGACGCCAACACACAAAUGGGUUCGUACCCAAGCUAGACAACCAAACCCGGGAUGUGCUUUGUCACUGGCGAAAGGAAAGCUUGGGCCGUAUUGCUGAUAACGCGUCGCGCACGCGAGACCGACCGGAAAGUAGCAUUCAUGAAAACUAUCCCUCUCGUGUGCGCGAUAAGUUUAUCUGCAUUACACGACACUGCGUUAUGAAUUUUUGCAUGAGAUGCUUGAUGAGUUUAGAAUAAAUCCCCCUACAUAAGAAAUCGAUUCUUUGGGGCCACUUAGGUCAGUGCUGAGGUUGGUCUUUAGUCCUACGGUAAUCGAUUGGCCAUAUUUUGAAGUGAGAGGACUUGCGGAUUGCGAAUGGAACGCACUAUGUCAGUUUUAGGGCUGAGGGCGCAGUUGUACUCCCUUGACAAAGGAAAUAAACCACUUAAGGACUUGCUGUUCCAACACAACACAAUCAUUCAGAAAAUGGUGCGCGAAGGGGAAUCGAUCUCUUAUCUGGAAAAUCACUAUACCUUCAUGAGAGCGAUUCCACAGCUGAGGCAGGAGCUCGAGAACGUUGUUCAACUGGAUGGCGUGGAUGUGGUGGGGUCAACGCGUCAGCGGAAGAAACACGUGGUGUGUCAUCACUGUGGAAAUGCGGGUCACAAGCGGAACAAGUGCUUGGCGCGAAAACGCAAACCACGUCCAGAGCCAAUGGAGGUGGAUGAGGAGCCGAUGGAGCUGCCGGUGCCAUCAAGCUGUGACCCGACAGUGGCCAAACGAAGGGCACUAAUGGCGUCUCUCAGUGACGAAAGCAACAUUGAGGACAAAAUUCGAGGUUUGGCGGAUCGUAAAUUGCCGCUACAGUGUUGCAUAGAACCAGGCGAAGCGUACAAUCUGUAUGAUGUGCAAUCAUUUAAUGAAAUGUACGACGAAGCAAUGAUGCAAAUAAAGUCGAAUAGUUGAUUGUUA